AUGGAGAAUGGAAAUUGGACCAUGGUGACUGAGAUUAUUCUUACUGGGAUACCCACCACCAGAAACCUUGGAAGACUCCUGUUCUUAAUAUUUUUAUUAGUCUAUUUGGUGACUGUCUUUGGAAAUGGCCUAAUCAUUGCCCUGAUAAUUAUGGACUACAGGCUCCAAUCACCUAUGUAUUUCUUCCUCAGCAACCUCUCUUUCAGUGAAAUAUUAACCACGACCUGUGCUGUUCCCAAGAUGCUGGCAGGCUUUCUAUCUGAAAAGAACAGACUCUCAUUUGGUGAAUGCUUCACUCAGUUGUAUUUCUACUUCCUGUCUGGAUGCACCGAGUUUAUCCUUUUUGCUGUCAUGUCUUAUGAUCGUUAUGUGGCCAUCUGCAGUCCCCUCCAAUACCCAGUGAUUAUGACCAGGUCACUCUGUGUCCGUCUUGUCAUAAUUUCCUGGCUUAGUAGCUUUUUUCUCAUCCUCCCAUCUAUCAUCCUUAAGGCAAGAUUGCCAUACUGUGGUCCCAAUGUGAUUGAUCACUUUUUCUGUGACAGUGCCCCCUUCCUUCACUUGGCUUGUGCUGAUAUCAGUAUCAUUGAGCUAUUGGAUUUCCUCAGUUCUCUUGUCCUACUCAUCAGCUCCCUCUCCCUCACACUGGUUUCCUAUAUGUACAUCAUUUCCACCAUACUGAAGAUACCCUCAGGCCAAGGUCAACGCAAAGCUUUUGCCACCUGUGCCUCUCACUUCACUGUGGUCUCCAUGGGAUAUGGGAUCUCCAUCUUUGUCUAUGUUCGCCCCUCACAGAAGAGUAGCCUGCAUCUCAACAAGAUCCUCUUUGUUCUGUCUAGUGUCCUCACACCACUCCUAAAUCCCUUUAUCUUUAGUCUACGAAAUGAAACCAUGAAAGAGGCCCUGAAGGACAUUUUGUCCAAGUGCUGUAAAUUUCUUAAACAGAUGAGGUCCAAGUAG